GGAAGACUUCCUGUUAAAUUUUGCAGGGGGCGUGACGAGAAAUGUUGCGAAGUAGAAAAACUCAUCAAGCAAUUAUAUGACGGCAGUAUGAUAUUGAUCUACAUUGGAGACGGGCAGGUGCUCGUACGUCCAGGUGUAUAAAUAUAUAAUAAGGAAAUGGUUGUUGUGCCAGGAUUGUGCGCUUUAGUGAAAUCUCAACAAGAUGGCAAUUCCAGUGAUUCUUAUAUAAAUGAAUUGCAAAAAAUCAAUUUGGAACCGGUAGUCAUUCCAGCCUUGGCGUUCACGUUUAUUAAUUCCGAUCGCUUAUUGCUUUGCCUGCAACAAUUUGACAAAUAUGGCAGCCUCAUUUUUACAAGUUCUAGAGUCGUAGAAGCCGUCGUUAAUGCUUUAAAUCUGGUUGACAAAGCUGAGAGAGAGAAGAUUUUAUCAGAAUGGAGAAGGAAAAGAAAUUUUGUAGUAGGUGAAACAACAUCAAAUAUGGCAGAAUCAAAACUGCAGAUAGUAUGCUCUGGACAAAUUUCAGGAAGUGCCAAAGCUCUGGUUUCUAUAAUUUUAGAACAAACUGAUCUACCUACAUUACCAUUCUUAUAUCCUUGUAGUAACUUAGCAAAUGAUGAUAUUUUAACUCUGAAUGAGCAUGGUAAGUUUGGAAAAUUUUUAUUGAAAAGAAAUUGA